CGUCCUGACACUUGCUGUCGGGUGGAGAAGCAGCCAGUGUAGCACACGAGUGCUACAGCCUUGUCCCCUCGGCCGUUAGCUUUCCAGGGCAGAGAUGCCUGAAGGUGACGACUUUGGACCAGGCCAAAGCUGGGAAGUUAUCAAUUCCAAACCAGAUGAAAGACCGAGGCUCAGCCACUGCAUUGCAGAAUCAUGGAUGAAUUUCAGCAUAUUUCUUCAAGAAAUGUCUCUUUUUAAACAGCAGAGCCCCGGCAAGUUUUGUCUCCUGGUCUGCAGCGUAUGCACAUUUUUUACAGUCUUGGGAAGUUACAUUCCUGGGGUUAUACUCAGCUAUCUACUAUUACUGUGUGCAUUUUUGUGUCCACUGUUCAAGUGUAAUGAUAUUGGACAAAAAAUAUACAGCAAAAUCAAGUCAGUUCUGCUGAAACUAGACUUUGGAAUUGGAGAAUAUAUUAAUCAGAAGAAACGUAAGAGAUCUGAAGCAGAUAAAGAAAAAAGUCACAAAGAUGACAGUGAAUUAGACCUUUCAGCUCUUUGUCCUAAGAUUAGCCUCACGGUUGCUGCUAAAGAGUUGUCUGUGUCUGACACAGACGUCUCUGAGGUCUCCUGGACUGACAAUGGGACCUUCAACCUUUCAGAAGGAUACACUCCACAGACAGACACUUCUGAUGAUCUUGACCGGCCUAGCGAAGAAGUUUUCUCUCGAGACCUUUCCGAUUUUCCAUCUGUGGAAAACGGCAUGGGAACAAAUGACGAAGAUGAAUUCAGCCUCGGCUUGCCCACUGAGCUCAGGAGAAAAAAGGAGCAGGUGGACAGCAGUCCCAGAGCAAGCAAAGAGAGGCAGUCAGCCGCGGGUCUCACUCUUCCCCUGAGCAGUGACCAAACCUUUCACUUGAUGCGCAACCUGGCCGGGGACGCCAUUACGGCCGUAGUGACUGCUGCCAUCAAAGAGCAGUUGGAGGGCGCCGCGCAGCAAGCACUGUCUCAGGCUGCCCCCAGCCCCGGAGACGACACAGACACUGAAGAAGGUGAUGACUUUGAACUACUUGACCAGUCAGAGCUUGAUCAAAUUGAGAGUGAAUUAGGACUUGUACAAGACCAAGAAGCAGAAGCACAGCAAAAUAAGAAGUCUUCGGGCUUCCUUUCAAAUCUGCUCGGAGGAGGCCAUUAGUCUGGGAAUCAACUUGUUCAACACAGCACAGAUAAAACUACCAAAAAAUUACAAACAAUGUAAAAAAAAAAAAAAAAAAAGAAAAAGGAAAAAAAUUUUGAACUGUGAGCUUUAACUGAUUACUUCAGAUUUUUUUUUCUUAUUUUCCCUUCUGCAGUGAAUUAAUUGGUUAUAUAUCAGCUGAUACUGGAUAGACUGAUAUUUCCUAUAGUUAUUUUUAUGUAAUAAGCAUGGAAAUGAACUUUAUAUACAUAUAUAUACAUACUGUGUUGUCAGAGAUGAAUAGCAGAGGUUGUUUUUAAAGCAAAACACCAAAUUAUUGAGAUCCUCCUACAACUAUCCCUUAUUUUUUCUUUACAGUUAAUUUUUCAGGCAUGCAAAAACCUUAUUGUAACUCACUGAAAUAUUAACAAUUCGUUGGCGAAUACAUGUAUCAGCUCCUUUGUUACCGAUACUUGGAAACAGUUAAAAAAUUUUGGUAGAUUCCGAUGUGAAAAACCAAAAUUGAUCAAGCCGUCUUUAGGUGGAGGACUUGGGAAAUAUUAUCAAAAUUAAAUUUUGGAAAAAUUUAAAAAAUAUACUUAACUACUUUGGAUAGGCUGAGACAUUUCCAUGAUAUUUCUGCAGUAAUAGACUUAGGCUUACCUAUAAAUGGCAUGCUCCAUGGACUACCAGCUCUGGUCUCGCAAAUGGGUGGUAUGAACCCAUAGAGAGCAAGUAAUUAUAUAUCAUAUAGACAGUGGCUUGGAUGUAAACAGAGACUGGCCUGUGUUUUGUCGUUCAACUGUCAUAUGCUUGUCAUAGAGAUGUUAUGACGUGCAGAUCUAUUCUCCCUGCUCAGACCUAAGUUAAACCCUCAUCUUUCAUAUUAUGUCAUAGAGAAAGUGGCUUGAAAUUGUGAAACUAGUUCCUGAUAUGUUCUGAGUGAUGUUGCCAUCAGCAGGAGAGAGACAGUGACUGUUUUCAUAGUCUGUAUUAGAGUCUCCUAAAGGAGAGAAAUCUGCUUGGCUUUAAGGUGUAUUUAUUUACUAUUGAAGUCUAAAUAUGUAACCUGUUUCUUACUGGAAGUUAGAAUAUAUUUUUCCUUUAUUUUAAACUCCUUAGAUCACCUUUAAAUAACCAAAUUUGACUUAGGUUUUUAACAAAAGACUUAGCUGAAAUCAAGCUCAUUUUGUUUUUGUGAUAUAAACUUUAAUAGCGUUGAGGGACCAUGUCAGCCAACUACCAACAAUCCCUUCGAUCUUCAGGUACAGCUGACAUUUAUACGGAUGCAUACAGGCAUCUGAGACCCUCAGAAAGGAAGGGUAUUCCAAGAAUAUAGGAAAUCUGUGGUCUCUUCCCUUCAUUUUAUCCCUUUCCUUGUAUUUCUAAAGACUAUAGGUAAUCGGAUGUUUUAAUGUAGCAUCUCUUAUUUAUUUUUUCUUUCUGAGGUAUUAAAAUAUCUAGACUGAAUUUUGCCAAAUGUUUAGGGGAGAAAAGUUACCGAGGACUUUGAACACUUGCUUUCUGUGACUGACUAUGCUUAUAUGUCAUUAGUGCCUCAUGACUGUGUUUGAUGUCCUUUGUUGAUACAAAGUGAGCCUGUGCCUUCAUUAUCUUGCCCAUUUUGGUACAAAUGAAAACCUGGUGUUAGAUCUAUGAACUGUGUGGGUUAGGGAGGAAGAUACCUGAAUUCUAUUCAAUACAAGUUUCUGGACACAAAGACAAAUACAGUCACAUAUUUAUAAAAUAGUUGUCAUCA